UCCUUGAAUAUGAAGAGAGAGAAAGAAAGUGUUGUGUUGUAGAGAGAGAAAGAAAGAAAAAACUCCCAAAGCACAAAAGCACAAAUCCAUUUGUGAAUCAAAACUUUGGGUUUCAAAGAAUCUGACAAUACUAACCUUAUACUAUAUAUAUUUAUACCCACCAAGAAUUUUAUACCAAGAAAUUCCUUUUUUUUCUUUUUUUUUGACCCCUCCUUUUGGUUUCUUUAUUAACAGAGAAUGACAGAGUCAAACAUAUACUAUAUUCAUUUCAUAUUUUCAUCAUGUGGGUGUAACAAUUUUCAAGAAAAGAUUAGAUUUUUGAUGGGUGGGAAUAGGAUUAGUAGUAGAAAGAGAAAGCUUAGUGGGUGUUUUUGUUUUUGUGUUCAUAGUUUUUCUUCUUCUUUAAUUUCAUUAGUACUACUAGAUGCUGUUGGCAAUAAUAAUUAUUUCAAGAAAGAGUUAUUUAUUAUCAAUAUUUAGGCAAAUCUCACCACACAUCUUAAUCACAGUCCUUACAGGGUGCUAGUCUUUUUUUUUUUUUUUUUUAACUUUUGGGGGCAAGAGAGAGAGAGAGUGUAUAGAUAAUGCUUUCAGUUCAAUAUACUUUGUGGGUGUGUUUAAUUUUCUGUCUUUUCGUCAAUACUAAAAGCAACCAACCCCCAAUUUACUCUUUCUCUUUCUAUAUUUGCUCUAACCCUAAUUUAGAGAGAGAAGUAACAAAAAAGGGGAGAUUUUGAUGGGUUGUAAGGGUGGCUGCUGCUAUUUUCUAGUUAGUUUUUGAUUAUUGGGGGUGUAAUUUAUUUGGGGGAAAGUUAAAUUUUUUUAUCUUGUUGCUGGAAUGGAGUCUGAUGGUCGAGGAAAUGGAGAAGCUGAUGUUCCCAUGGCUGUUGCUGCUGCUUCUACUAGUGAUGCUGGAGUAAAUGGAAGUUGUGAUGCAGGGAAAAAGAAGCUUCCAGAAGGGGAGCCUAAGGUUAAAAGGAAAAUGAAGACUGCUGCUCAGUUGGAGAUUCUUGAGAAGACUUAUGCUACUGAUACUUAUCCUUCAGAAGCAUUGAGAGCAGAGUUGUCAGUAAAAUUAGGCCUCUCUGAUAGGCAAUUGCAGAUGUGGUUCUGCCAUAGGAGGCUCAAGGACAGGAAAGCUACACCAGUGAAGCGGCAGAAGAAGGAAGAAGCUUCACAUGCAGCAAUGAUUUCUUCUGGUGGACAAGGGGAUGAGAUGGCAGUGAGUGGUGAAAUUGGGAAAGAGCAUGUUUCUGGUUCUGGUUCAAGAGUAAGUCCGCUUGGUCUCAUGGACUUGCAGGUGCAACAACAGCACCACCACCGAGUUGUUCAUCGACCUGGAACUGCAGUUCCUCGGUUUAGACCUGAAAUGCCAGCUUUGAAGAGAUAUUAUGAGCCACCUCAGGCUAUAUCCGAGCUUCGGGCAAUUGCAUUUGUGGAAGCGCAGUUGGGGGAGCCAUUAAGGGAAGAUGGACCUAUUCUCGGAAUGGAGUUUGAUCCCUUGCCACCCGGUGCAUUUGGUGCACCAAUUGUGGAAGCCAUGCAACACAAACCAGCUGGACGACCCUUUGAAGCUCAAAUCUAUGAGAGACCAGAUGUUAAUUCAAUCAAGGGUACUACAAGGACUUUGCGUGAAUACCAGUUUCUUCCAGAGCAACCAUCAAAUAGAAGCGAUAGCUAUGAACAAGCCGUACCAUCUCAUUAUUACAGUUCAACUGAAGUUCAGAGCACCAGAGCCUUGUUAUCAACUGGGAGGUCAUUUAUGCAUGGGAGUGAGCAAGUGACCUCUGGAUGCAGUAUUCCUGGUCAGAUCCCGACCUUAAAUCUUCUGCCUCACGGGAGGCACGGUCACAUAUCUCCAGCUUCUGCUGAGGCUGAGGCUGUUCAACAAAGAUCUAUUGUGAACAUAGAAGUGGAGGCUAAUUAUAGUGGUCAGCCAAUGACGGCGUUGGAGAGUCCAUUUAUUCCUUCUGAUAAAAGAGUCAUCCAUGAUGAGGAACGGUUGGAGAGAAAGCGAAAGAGUGAAGAGGCAAGAAUUGCAAGGGAAGUGGAAGCCCAUGAGAAGAGAAUCCGGAAAGAGCUUGAGAAGCAAGACAUGUUACAAAGAAAGAGAGAAGAGCAAAUGAGGAAAGAUAUGGAGAGACAGGACAGGGAAAGGCGGAAAGAGGAAGAAAGACUGCUCCGCGAAAAGCUGCGUGAGGAAGAGAGGUAUCAGCGUGAGCAAAGGCGUGAGAUGGAACGAAGAGAGAAGUUUUUGCAGAAAGAGUCUAUGAAAGCAGAGAGAAUGAGGCUUAAAGAAGAAAUGCGCCGAGAGAAGGAGGUUGCAAGGCUUAAAGCGGCUAACGUAAGGGCUACUGCCCGAAGAAUAGCGAAAGAAUCAACAGAAUUAAUUGAAGAUGAACGUCUGGAAUUGAUGGAGCUAGCAGCCUCAAAGAAGGGUUUGCCCUCAACAUUGUCACUUGACAGUGAAACUCUACAAAAUCUAGAAGCAUUUAGAGAUAUGCUCAAUGAAUUUCCACCAAAGACUGUCUGCUUGAAAAAGCCAUUUGGAGCUGAGCCAUGGAUGUGCUCUGAGGAGGACGUGGGUAAUCUUUUAAUGGUUUGGAGAUUCUUAAUUACUUUUUCAGAUGUUCUCCAUCUCUGGCCAUUCACUCUGGAUGAGUUUGUACAAGCAUUUCACGAUUAUGACCCAAGGCUGCUCGCAGAGAUACAUAUUGCUCUUCUCAAAUUGAUAAUAAAAGAUAUUGAAGAUGUUGCUAGAACACCUGCCAGUGCAGUAGGAGCAAACCCAAACAGUGGAGCAAAUCCUGGAGGCGGGCACCCAGAUAUUGUUGAAGGGGCAUAUGCAUGGGGUUUUGACAUAAGAAGUUGGCAGAGCCACUUGAAUGCCCUGACAUGGCCUGAAAUACUGCGGCAAUUUGCACUCUCUGCUGGUUUUGGGCCGAAGCUAAAGAAACAAAGUGUUGAACCAGCUUAUCCACGUGAUGAAAAUGAGUGCAAUAAUGGGACAGAUAUUAUUUCCAACUUACGGAGUGGAGUUGCUGCUGAGAAAGCAGUUGCCAAAAUGCGAGAAAGAGGUUUCUCUAAUCUGCGGAGAUCUAGGCAUCGAUUGACACCUGGAACAGUCAAAUUUGCAGCAUUUCAUGUUCUUUCACUUGAGGGAAGUAAGGGACUUAAUAUCCUCGAAGUUGCUGAAAAGAUUCAGAAAUCUGGUCUUCGGGAUCUGACAACCAGCAAGACACCUGAAGCAUCUAUUUCUGCUGCAUUAUCGAGGGAUACAAAGCUAUUUGAGAGAACAGCUCCUUCGACAUAUUGUGUACGUGAUCCUUACAGAAAAGAUCCUGCUGAUGCUGGUGCCAUUCUUUCCGCAGCUAGGGAAAAAAUUCGAGCGUUUAAAAAUGAGUACGUGAAUGGAGAAGAAGCAGAGGAUGUUGAGAAAGAGGUUGAUAGGGAUGAUGAGUCUGAAAGUGAUGCUGCUGACGAUCCUGAAGUUGAUGAUUUAGUCUCCGAGCUAAAAUUUGUGGAGACUCCUGAAUCCCAUAAAACCGUCAGAGCUGAUGGAAGGAAUUCUAGUUUUGACUUGACUGAGACACCAGAAGAUCUUAGUAUGCAGAAUUCAACCACAAUAAUGCAUUCAGUAAAAUUCGGGGAGUUAUCUGGUGAUCAAUCAGCUGCAAGUGGUGUUGAUGCAGGUCAUCUCAGUCAAGAAGAUACUGUCAUUGAUGAAAGCAAUGCUGGUCAAAAAUGGGUCCAAGGGCUUAUGGAAGGAGAGUACUCUGAUCUCACUGUUGAAGAUCGCCUUCAUGCGCUUGUUGCCUUGAUUGGUGUUGCAAAUGAGGGGAAUUCUGUUCGCUUUGUAUUAGAGGAGCGACUUGAAGCUGCAUCUGCAUUGAAGAAGCAGAUUUGGGCUGAGGCACAGCUCGAUAAACGUCGUUUCAAGGAGGAGUUCUUACUGAAGGUACAAUACCCAUCAGUUGGAAACAACACUGAACAGAUUUGCUCAGUUACUUCCGUGGAGGCAAGGCAAAGUCUAUUGCUUGCUGAUGGUGGCCACAAUGAGGUGGCAGACAUUCCUUCUCUUCAGCAGGAAGCCAUGCAUAAAUUACCAGAUGAACCCAAUAAUCCUAGUAAUGUAGCUGUAGAAACGACUUUCCCAAUGCAAGAGAUCUAUGGAGGUCAGGAUAAUUCGCAGCUCCAGCAUUUUGCAUAUGUUGCCGAAAAGUCGCGUUCCCAGCUGAAAGCUUAUAUUGGCCAUAGGGCGGAAGAGACUUUUGUUUAUCGGUCUCUGCCCCUUGGUCAAGAUCGCAGACGUAACCGGUAUUGGCAGUUUAUCACGUCACCCUCUCGAAAUGAUCCAGGCUCUGGCAGGAUUUUUGUUGAGUUACGUGAUAGUAGAUGGAGGCUAAUUGAUUCUGAAAAGGAUUUCAAUUGUUUAAUGGCUUCUUUGGAUAUUCGUGGAAUAAGAGAAUCUCAUUUGCAUUCAAUGCUUCAAAAUAUUGAAGCAACUUUCAAGGGAACUGCUAGGAGGCAUAAGUACACUGAAGUGAAACUUGGAAACUCCUUGAAAGAGGAUAGUUCUGAAAUAGUACCUAGCAAUGAUUACUGUUCAAAUACUGGUAGGUCUAAGAGCCCAAUCUGUAUCUCAAAUCGUGAAACACCAGAACCUUCUACUUCCUUUCUUAUUGGGUUUGGAAGGAACAAGAUGGAGGACACUGAUGCCUUGAGGAGAUAUGCUGAUACAGAGAAAUGGAUGUGGGAAGAAUGUGUUCAUUCCCAGUUUCUAUGUGCAAGGAAGUAUGGAAGGAUGAGAUGCGAAAAUUUGAUCAGUAUUUGUAAUAAUUGCCAUGACACGUACUUCUUGGAAGAUAAACACUGUCCUUCUUGUCAUAGGACAUUCAGUCUGGCAAAGAGUUCAUAUUUUUUGGACCAUGUAGCUCAAUGCAAAGAGAAAUUGGAGGAUCUAUUUUGGCCUCUCUGUAUCUUGGACUCAUUACCUCCUCUUCGAGUUAGAUUGCUAAGAGCGCAGUUAGCUUCAGUGGAGGCCUGUAUCCCUCCUGAAGCUCUUCAGCCUGUUUGGUCAGAAGUAUAUCGAAGAUCUUGGGGUUCAAAGUUGCAUAUUGCUUCAGCAGCUGGUGACCUCCUUCAGAUUCUGACAUUAUUGGAAGGUGCUAUCAAGAGGGAACAUUUGAUAUCAAAUUAUGAAACUACAAAUGAGUUGUUGGGUGCUGUUAGCAACUCCGAUCUUGACGGGAUGGCGGUGUUACCUUGGGUUCCUCACACAACAUCUGCUGUUGCACUCAGGCUUAUGGAACUUGAUUGCUCCCUCUGUUAUACACAGCAGCAGAAAGCUGAUUCUCUGAAAGAUGAAGAAUCUGCAGAUUUCAUUCCGUUUAAAACCAAUUAUGCUGACAUGAAGAGAGUUGCGAGGGUUAUAUCUGCUGAAGCUUGUGACUAUGAAAAGCUAGAACCAGAUUUUUCGGUUAAGGUGGGAGGCGGACAUACUAAUUCAGGGCAGGGGCGUAAUCGAGUAAGAGGAGGAGCUCAUUGUCGUGUCCGUGGAGGCAAAUCUCAGAGAAAAGUCAAUGCAUCCAGAUCUGAAUCUGCCCGGAGAAGUUCAACAAAGAACAGCGACAGACUAGACCAUCUUCCUGCCUGGAAAGGUCGAGACCGUGGCAAAGGAAGACGUAAAAGAGGUCGUCGCUCAGUUUGUAAUAGACAAAAGCCAGUCAAGAAUGUGGAAGAAGUUGCGCUUGAAGAAGUGCCCAUCACCAGUCAGCAAGAUUGGAACGAAGUUGAAGAUGAAGAAACACCUCAAUUUGAGGCGCGUGAUAAUGGCAGUGAUUCUGGAACAUCCGGAAGUGAAGAUUAUAAAGGUCAAGCAACCGUCGAUGAUUAUGAAGACCUAAUGGUUGUUGACUACGGUUCUUUCAGUGGUAGAAAUGAUCAUGCGUCAACUAGUGUGAGUUACAGUAUUGGCCGACAUUAUACUGAAACUGCUGAAGAUGGAGAUGAUGGUGUUGGUGAUUACGAGGAUGAAGAAGAUGGAUUGGACGAUAAAAAUGUCCAAAGAUACUUUGAUGGCGAGUCCGAUGAAGAGGGGGAUAGAUUUAUGGAUGAAGAACUUAUUGAAACCCCAAAUAAAGAUUCAGAAUCAUCUUCCGAGUAUAGCAAUUGACGACUGUUCAUGAACACUGCAGUAGUCACUACUUAAGUUAAACCCAAAGGGUAUUUUCUCCUCAUGAGUGCGAAAAAUGAGGAAGGUUGAUGGAUAAAUUCUCUAUGCGUCUUCUAUCAGUGCUCGUGUUGAGAGUUACAGCGAUACGCUCUUCAGGAAGCGACAAUGUUGUUGUGAAAGAAUCAUUAGAUCUAUUCUAACUGUUAAUAGUUAGCAUCCAACUUGAAAAUAGUACAGUGCCUCACUUUUACACUAACAUAUGCAUUACAUAGCAUGUAAUCUAAUGUGGCUUAUAUAUAUUGCGUUCACUUCUAAA